AUGAGCUCACAAUUCCAAAAAUCCAAAGAUUUGAGUUCCAGAGCAGUGGACGGAAACAAGGGACUGCGCACUCCUGAUUGUAUCCUAUCCGAUUCCGGUCAGCGCCAAGCAUGGUGGCAGGUCGAUCUGGGAGCGGAACAAAGUUUAUCCUACAUACGGAUCAACUAUCAGAAAAAACUGACGGAUAUGGAAGCAAGGGUUCGCCUCGUAGGAGGUAGAUCAGAGGGCAGUGGAAGAAUUGAGUUUGUACACCAAAAUAUAUGGGGAACAGUGUGUGAUGAUAUGUUUCACGCCAAGGAUGGAGCGGUAGCGUGUGUUAUGGCGGGUUACUUACCAGAUAAUGUAAAAGUCCGGGAGGAGGCUUACUUUGGAGCUGGUAGAGGUCCAAUAUGGCUAGAUGACCUAGAUUGCACUGGUGAAGAAAUUGACCUCACUACUUGUAAGAAUGCUUUUAGAGAACCACCAAAUUGUAGGCACAAUGAGGAUGUCGGCGUUGAAUGUUCAGUUGGGAGUACCAUGGCGGGAUUUCAAAUCUUCGUAUCCAACAGUAAAGAUUGGUGGAGGGGUCACAAAUGCUUCCAUUACACUGACAUAACAGCGCCCCCUAGUGUCAUGAACGUCACGUGCCCAAAUCAUGGACGGUAUGUGACGUUUUACAAUGAACGGAACACCUCGGAAGUUUACCCACUCACUUAUUCAAAAUUUGCCUACGUUCAGCUUUGUGAAUUAGAAGUGUUUGGCUGUCCUAGUGGUCAAUAUGCCCCCGACUGCAAAAGAAAAUGUCCUAUUAACUGUGACCUUGACCGCUGUGAUAUUAAAAAUGGCAACUGUUUUGCAUGUAAGGAUGGUUAUAUAGGACAGCGAUGUGAAACUGAAUGUACCAAAGGACAGUUCGGGAAAAAUUGUAGUCUUACAUGUGGAAACUGCCUGUAUGAAGAGCCAUGUAAUUUUAUUGAUGGCGCAUGUGCAAAAGGAUGUUCACAGGGUUGGAAAGGAUUUUACUGCAAUGAAACUUGCAAUGCGGGAUUUUAUGGGUUAAAGUGUACGGAAUCCUGUAGCAUACAUUGUACGAACCCAAUGUCAUGUGAUCACGUAACCGGAAACUGCGCAGAGAGUUGUAAGGACGGCUGGGAAGGCGAAAAGUGUGACAAAGAAUGUAAAGCACUGAAAUAUGGAGAAAAAUGUCAGUAUUCAUGUGGACAUUGUGUAAAUCGUGAAAUCUGUAAUCACGUGACUGGCGAAUGUUCGAACGGAUGUGCGCUUGGAUGGAAAGGGGAUGUCUGUGACAAAGGUUAUGUCGUCAUUUAA